AUCGUUAAAAGUUUUGACGUCCUCGCAGAAAUACGGGAAAUCAAAAAGUGAAGCCGAACCGGCAUUUUUAUUCUUUGCAACAGUUGUGGAAAUUUUAAUUCAAUCCUAGCAAUAAAUCCAUAAUUAAUUGCCAACAAGCAUUUAUACAUAUAUAUAACAUCCAUUUUAUCCAAUUUAAACCAACUAAAUAUGUCUAGCCUACCAGCAAAACGCGCUAAAAUCUCCGCAGACGAUACACCAAACGAGGAUGAAUCAGAAGCACUAGAAUUGAUUGACGCUUGUCAGAAUGAAAUUGACGCCCUCAACGAGAAAGCCAGCGAAGAAAUUCUCAAAGUCGAACAAAAAUACAAUAAACUACGCAAACCAUGUUACGAAAAGCGCAGCGAGUUGGUUAAGCGUAUUCCCAACUUUUGGGUUACAGCGUUCAUCAACCACCCUCAAGUUUCGGGGAUCUUAGACGAAGAGGAAGAGGAUUGUCUGCAUUCGUUGACUAAACUGGAAGUGGAAGAGUUUGAAGACAUAAAGUCGGGCUAUCGCAUAAAUUUCCACUUUGACGAGAAUCCAUAUUUUGAGAACAAAGUCCUCACUAAAGAGUUCCAUUUGGGUUCUGGCGCUGCCGAAAAUAGCGAUCAUCCAUCAUCAACUAGUACAUCAAUUCAAUGGAAGGAAGGCAAGAAUCUACUUAAGCAGUUGCUAUCAAAGCCUUUUAAUAACAAAAAGAAGAGGAAUUCCGAAUACAAGACAUUCUUUGACUGGUUCACUGACAACAGCGAUCCGGUGAAUGAUGAAAUAGCUGAACUCAUCAAGGACGAUCUGUGGCCAAAUCCAUUGCAGUAUUAUCUGGUACCUGACAUUGAAGUUGAGCCUGAAGAUGAGAAUGACGAUGAUGACGAUGACAACGAGGACGAGAUGUUUGAUGAAGAGAAUGUGGAGGAAGAAGAAGAUGAGGGAGCAGAAAACAAAUAAUAAAUUGCAGCUUGAAGUAAAGCAAUUCAAUUAAGCAAAUAAUAAAAAAAACAACAUUGGAUAUUAUAUUAACUACAAUGUAAAAUAUUUUUCUUUUUUUCCGAAAAAUAUUUUAAAAAGGCAAACCAAGAUAUAAACACGCGUUCUCUUUAGUUAUAAAAGUUAACGUGUAUACCAAAUUAUAAUGUUGGAAUUUUUAAAGUUCAAACUAAUAAAACUUAUCCUUCUUUCGGAAAAAAUAAA